AUGCCACCUCCAUACCGUCAACCUUCUCAAGUAGGCGCCACAGCAGCGACAAAACGUCCUUUCAAGCCUCCAGCCAUCUCAAAAGCCGGCGCAACCUCUUCGUCCAGCGGCAACGCCCCUCCUCGACCUGUUCCUGCACCACAAAAGCCACCAACCUCAAUAUCCAGAACAGCAUCUGCCGCAAAUCCGCAACCAUGGAACGCAAACAAGCCAUCAGGCUUCCAAUCUGCCAGUGCGCAGUUCGACAAGGACGACCUUGAAGCUAUGCUCAUCUCCGACGACGACGAUGACGACGACGACGAAGACAAUGAUGAUUUCUCCGCUGCUCCUACCAGACGACCUGCUCCACCAACCACCAUCGAACCAGCAGCAAAACGCCAAAAGACAGCGCCACAACUACCUACACGCUUGCCGUCUUUAUCACCUUUAUCUUCUGCCGUCCAACCCGAUCCUGCACCUCAACCCGCACCCACAAUCGCCUCAGCCGCAGUAAUAGGCAGCAAAAAAGACGAUAUACCACUACUUCCUUCCGCCCUUAUAACACGUCUCCUACACGAAAGUUUCGACGACAAGAGUACUAAGAUAGGCAAAGAUGCCAAUGCAUUGACGGCAAGAUAUUUGGAUUUGUUUGUUAGAGAGGCAGUGGCUAGAGCUACAGAGGUGGCUAAAGAGAGGAAAGAGAUGAGAGAGGCUGGAGGUCAGAAAGUGGAUGAUGGGGUUUGGCUUGAUGUGCAGGAUCUUGAAGAGGUGGCCCCGGGAUUGGUCUUGGACUUUUGA